UGUUUUCUUUUUCUUUUUCCAGUGAUGAGGUGCCGUAGCAGACCGGGCUUGCUUGUUCUGUUCUAUAUUUUCGGCGUCUACAACUUGACUUGUCUCUGGAGCCACAGUAGCUGGCCUACGAGUAUGCUACUGUUACCCUGGAUUGCCGCUGAUAGUGUCAACAGCUUGACCGCGGACGAGUUUCGCAAUCUUCAAACUGUGCUGAAGGAAGCUGCAUUUAACAAGACUGUCAUUGUGACUCCUUUGAAUAAGGCUUGGGCAUCAGAACUGCUAUCCUACUUCCUGGCUAGCUUCCAAGACGGUGACGAUACGACUCGCCUUCUUCCGACGCUGCUGAUCUUCACGUUGGAUCCAUCUGCGCACAAGAAAUGCCUGGAAGCUCAUCCGCACUGCAUCCUCCUCGAGAGCAAUGGCGUGGACCUUUCAGUAGAGAAGCCGUACAUGACCCGGGACUACUUGAGAAUGACAAGGAAGAAAAUAUCGUUCCUGAGCAUUCUUCUACAGAUGGGAUAGAACUUCAUCUUCUCGGAAUCCUCUCCAGGAUGCAGACAAUUUCUCUCCGGAAGCAGACGUGGAGCUGGCUUGUGACUUUUUCAAUGGCAACGAGACGGACAUUCGCAACCAGGACAACACGGGGUUGAUGCACGUGAGAUCCAAUAACCGGACGAUCGAGCUCUUCAAGUACUGGGACAGGCACGCCAAGUUCUACUACCACAUCCACGACCAGGAAGUCUUCGACAGGAUCAAGCUCCACGCCGAGUUCCGGGCCAUAGGAGCCAAGAUCCGGUUCAUGCCAACGGAGGUGUUCAGUGGGUUUUGCGAGCCAGCCAGCGGCAUGGAAAGAGUUUGCACCAUUCAUGCCAACUGCUGCCAGGGCCUCCGCUCCAAGCUUGCGGAUUUGCAGCUCGUCCAAGAGGACUGGAACCAUUUCAUGCGGACCAGGAACAGAGCAAAUCGGCCCAAGAGGUUUCGAGCUCCGAGGACAUGCCUCAAGGGAUGCUUCUCGGCCUUCACGUCGAAACCGUGCUACAGGUCUUGCUACACAGACGUUUGAAUGUUUCCUGGAUGCCAACUUAAACUUGUUCGAUGGGACUAGGAAAACUUGUUUUCAUCAGAUUUUCAAUGAGUUCAUGUAAGUGCAUAAUGCUUCCUAUUU